CACGCAGAGAUGCCUUUAGAUCAGAAACGCAAACGCAGAGAAGGCAGCGAAGGUGCCGAGCCCUAGCCUCUUGCGAUCCGCCGGACUCCCUGAGCAAAACCCCAGCGCAUUCCGCCGGCGACGGACUUUCUGCGGACUCCCUAACCUCUCGCGAUCCUCCUGCGACCUCCCUGAGCAAAAGCCACCGCGAUCCUCCUCCGCCGGCGACGAAAAAACAGGACUCCCUGACCUCUCGCGCUCCUCCUGUGACCUCCCUGAGCAAAACCCACCGCCGCGAUCCGCCGGCGACGACCCAGUUUUAUGACUCCUCCGACGCCCCACCCUGCCCUCGACCCUCGACGCCCCAAGCUCUGCCGCCGUUAGGGCUGUUUUUCAGGUAAAAAGAAAGAAAAACAUGGAUUGGUAGCAUAUUUACUGUUAUGUUCUAGGUGCAUCAACCAUCUCAUCUUGGUUAUUUUCUGACAUAUUAACUGGAAGUACAGUGUGUGGAUUGGCGGCUCCAUCCUUGCUUCACUCAGCACUUUCCAACAAGUAAUGAAGCUAGGUCGUGGGAGGGCGAUGGCCUCCGCCGAUCUCAUCAGAUCUUGCAGGGACUCCAUUCGCCAGAUUUCAGAUACGCUUGCAGAUUCCAUUCUUUAUCUUGAUGCGGGUUGUUUGGAAGCCUUCCAGUUCAUUGGAGCAUUCAAAGUUCUAUUGGAGCUUGGAGUGCACAGUAUUUGCAGCUUGGAAAAUGCAUCUCCACUUGAUGCUAUUGUGAGCUGGAACUCAAUGUUUGUGGGUCCUGCAAAGAAGGUUGUAAUUAUUACCUCAAGACUCCUAAGUGAUGCACACCGAUAUAUAUUACGUUGCCUGGGCACCCAUGGAACUGUUCUCCAAUGUAUUAUUUAUACUUCAAUCUCAGAGAUUGCUCAUUCAGUACAUGUUGAUUCACCCCUUGGAUCUGAUGCCUUUCAUGAAUAUGAAACAUUGCUUGUUCAAGACUAUGAAGAACUCUUGAAAAAGUCUGAAAAGAAAAGGCUCCAACAAGAGAGGGACUCAGAAAAGCUAACAGGAUCUAUUUAUGAGAAAAAUCUAGCUUCUGAAGAUGAUGGUUUGAGGAAGCUUCCUUCCUGUGAAAAUGAUCGAACUGUAUAUGGUGAUAAUUCAAUCAAUUUUACAGGAAGAGUAGAAUUCUCUGCAAAGUUGUUUGUUUCUGUUGAUCACUUCCCAAUGAUCUUUUGUCCUCUCUCCCCAAGAGUCUUCAUUUUGCCUUCGGAAGGAACAGUUGCAGAAGCAUGCUUGUCAACUAACUCUGAAAAUUCUAUUAGUCCUGGACUUCCCUCUCUUUCAGCUGGAUCAUCUUCUGAUGGUGAUGAUGUUCCUCCGGGUGCAACACUCACGGCUAAUUUCCUCUAUCAUCUUGUAGAAAAGAUGGACUUGAAGAUGGAAAUAUUUUCUUUGGGAGAUACAUCAAAGAUAGUUGGCAAGAUGAUGAUGGACAUGUCAAGUUUAUAUGAUGUUGGACGGCGCAAUAAAAGAUCAGCUGGUUUGCUGCUUAUUGACCGCACCAUUGAUCUUCUCACACCUUGCUGCCAUGGUGACUCUUUUCUUGAUCGAUUGUUAUCCUCCUUGCCACGUAGAGAGGGAACCUUGUCUUCUUUAUCUGCAUUGUCAUCACAAGUUCCAAAAAUAGAUGCCCAUAUCAAAGUUCAACGUGCACCACUUGAUAUAAGGGUUCCAUUUGGAGCUAUCUUUGGCAAAAAUGAAUCUGUAUUAAACCUUUCCGAAGGCAUGACUACUUUUGCAUCUGGUUGGAGCUCUGGUGCAAUUGAGUCCAAGUCUGAUGAUCACACUGACAAAUUUACCACUGAUGCUGUACAGCAUGAAGUUGAUUUGCUAGGUGGAUCAUUUUUAUCUAAUAAUUCAGGAACAAACUAUCUUGAAGCCUUGAUUGAUAGAAGAGCUAAAGAUGGGGCAAUUUUAGUUAAGAAAUGUCUUUUGGAAACUCUGCGGCAUGAGAAGUUAAACCUUUCCCUGAAAGGUCGAUCUGGAUCCUUUUCUGCUUCAGAGAUUCAUACUUUACUCGAAAAAUUUGCUCAAAAUCAGAUGUCUUUGAUUCGAAAUAAGGGCAUCAUUCAAUUAGCAUUAGCAGCUGAAAUGGUCUUAGGCGAGCCUCGUAGUUCUCACUGGGAUGCAUUUGUCAAUGCUGAGAAGAUACUGGCUGUAACUUCUCAAGAUACCAGUCAAAGCCUUUCAAGCCAAGUCCGUGAUUUCAUCAAUACGAGUAUCUUAUUAAGAUCUAAUGAACAGGAUAAAAGGAUUGGACCAUCACAUAAUGUUCUCUCUUUUCAAGAUGCAUUGCUUCUGUCAAUGAUAGGGUAUAUUCUUGCUGGGGAAAGCUUUCCAACAAGUGCAUCUACUGGACCUUUUUCAUGGGAAGAAGAACAUUCCCUGAAAGAAGCUGUAGUGGAUGCAGUUAUGGAAAAUCCAUCUUCUGCAAAGCUUCAUUUCCUACAUGGAUUAUCUAAUGAAUUUGCUGAGUUGGACAAGGAGAAGGAUGAUUUUUCCAAGUCAUCAGAACUAGAUGACUUUGAUGAUCAAUGGGGUAACUGGGGUGAUGAAGAUACAGAUAAUCAAAAUGCACAAGGAUAUGAUGACAUGCAGCUUAAAUUAGAGUUACGAGAUAGAGUAGAUCAACUCUUUAAAUUCUUUAACAAAUUGUCUAGUUUGAGGCAAAGAAACUCAACUCUCCGAGAAGGGUUGGCUGCUUAUAGUAGAUAUGGAAGUGACAUGGAAACUCAGAAGAGCUUACUUUAUAAGCUUCUAACAACUUUAUUGGCAAAGUAUGAUGUUCCUGGACUUGUGUACCAUUCAUCAGCAGUAGGACGGUUUUUGAAGAGCGGAUUUGGUAGGUUUGGGCUUGGACAGGCUAAAUCAAGUUUUGGAGAUCAAAGUGUUCUUUUCAUUUUUGUCGUGGGGGGCAUGAAUAUUCUUGAGGUUCGGGAGGCUAUGGAAGCAGUUGCAGAAUACGGUAGAUCUGGCAUAGAGUUGAUUGUUGGUGGAACAACGUUGCUGACACCCAAUGACAUGUUUGAUUUGCUCUUGGGCUCAUCCAGCUACUUUUGACCCUGUAAGACCUCCGGCUCUUUGUCUCAACUGAUAUAACAUGUUAAUCUAUCUGAAUCCUGUUGUCCUUCCAAAUGGACUUCAUGAUCCUGUUGACCUUUCGAAUGGACUUGUUGAUCCUAUGCUAUGCCUAUUUAUGCCGGUCUCCUUUGACUAAGCUCCUUCAGCAGAUAUGCCCUCAAAAGGUUUCGGAUAACCCUUCACUUGCAAGCCUGGGAGUUUUGAACACUCAGGAGAAACAUGCUCCUGAUAUAAAGUUUGCCAUUUCGAGAGACUUGAUGAUCUCUGACUGUCAUAUUCUGAAAUGCUCUUGCUGCCUUGAGUCCUUUACACUGAUGUGCUAACGUUUGUUCGGUGAAAAGUGCAAAGGGAAGGUUUCAUGAUGCAGGAGAGUUGCAUACCAGUUGGAUAGGGGGCCUAUAUAUUUUUACACAUGUUUUCUUGUUCCUUUGUUAUUCAGAAAUAUAAAAGUUCACAUCUU